AUGAGACCGGGUCUCAUCGGAGACAUGGACGAAGACGAGAUCCUGAACGAGGCCAUGAUACGCAUCUUCGGCUCAGACUGGGUCGACGUUCAGCUGGAACAGAGGGAGGAUGAAUCCGACAGUGAUAAGAUCCGCCGUUUUUGGAGCAUUGUGGAUGAGCGCCGCCCGCCACCGCCCUUGCCCGGACUGCACAACAUGGAUACGUUUGUCAACGGCUUUAAUAGACCUACUGAUCUCGGUUCUAAAGAGAUCCUCAUGGCUCGUCAUGAAUUCAAUGCCUGGUAUGCAAUCAGAGAACGCUUUGAGACCUACCGCCAGGCCGUCGGUGGUUUGCCGGGUCUCCCACCAACGGAGCAAAUGGACAACAUUGGCAUCUAUCUUGAGAUGAUGAAUGCUCGGUAUAACCGCCUGGGUAUUCAAUACCGUGCUGAAUUCCAUGUCCUCGACGGUGUAAAAGUCAUCUUCAGGCGGUAA